AUGGAGGCAGCUAAGAAGGCGGAAGAAGAGAGACUUGCCGAAGAGGCAGCGGAGGAGAAAGCGGAGAAGGCAGAAGAAAGCAGAAAUGCCAACUCCCAGACGGAGGUAGAGUUUUGCAACAUCGCAGGGGUUCCCAACCCAAGCUUUUCCGCUCGGCUGCAGAAAGGGUUGGAAGGGCUAGGCCUGACAGUCCGGCUGUAUCCGGAUGUUCGAACCGGCGUGCUGGCAGUGGUUGAUGUUCACCCGCAGGGCUCCGUGGCCAAGUACAACUCGCAACAGCGUGCGUCUGGCUGUUCUAUGUUAAUUCGUCCAAGGAUGCUGAUCACUGAAGUGAAUGGCAUCCAGGGAAACACCGAGGCCAUGCUCGAGGCUCUUAGCCGAAGCUUCUCGCUACAACUGCGACUGUGUGCAGCGCAUGUUUCAGAGCUGGCCGAGCAGAAGCAUACAUCUCCGAAGGAGAUUGUGUCUAUGAUGAAUGCGAUCCGAGCUGUCAGAGUUUUGCGAAGCUCUUCGUGCACACAGCCCAUGUACCCACAUGACGAGAAGUCUGACAAUUGCCGAACGUUUGGUGGGCUUCACCUGUAG